AGAACAGAGAGAACUCAAGUACAAUAUUUGACACGAUACGAAACAUUCCGAUAGGAGAUACAGAUGCUCUACAAGGAAAAUCACUUGAUGAACUUGGCGUCAAUGUCACAGAAGCAUACAACGAAUACAACCUGACAGUUGAACAAAUGAACGAAAUUGUAGUGAAUCAAACAACGAACGAAGACCCUAUCUUCAACGAUAUACGCGACACACCCAAUAUACACAUUGAUUAAACGAUGAAGGAGUUUACAGAGGCUUUCAACAUUCCAUUCAUAACACAAUGGCGAGCAGUUGUAGAGAAUGAGACUAACGAGUACUGGCCAGAGGAUUAUUGUACUGGAUUGAAAGACUGUAUGCUUGUUACACUUGGACGACUGUAUGAAAUGUAUGAAGGUGUAAAUGUUAAUGGUGCUUCUGUGAUCAGAGACCUCUUACCAGAUAUUGAAUUAAAAUUUCUCGAGCUAUUAGACGAAGAGGCAAAUGCGACCAUCGACGAGGCAUUGGAACUCAGUGGAGACAUUCUAACUUUAUUAAAACAAGCAAAUGACGCCAAAAUAUUCUGUGCAAAACCACCGGAGAUAAUAAAACACCCGAAAAAUACAAAUCUUCUUCAUUCAGAAAGGCUUUCCUUGGAGUGUGAGGCGAUUUCUGAUGUUCCCCUUUCGUAUCAAUGGUUCCUUAACGAUGUUUUACUCCCGGGUGAAACUGGAUCUAGUUUUGUUAUCGAGGCAAUAAACAGUGACGAUGAGGGGUCGUAUUCCUGUAUUGCAGGGAAUCACAUUGUUAACAUCACUUCUCAUGAUGCAUAUGUUAUGGUCCUGGAACAACCAAUUCUCGUUGAAAGGCCAACAUCUGUUGUCGUUCUCGAGGGACUUCAGCCAGGAGUGACAUUCAUGUGUAAUGCUACCGGAAACCCGCAACCUGAUAUCACGUGGUUCAAAACUGACGUAUCAUCCGGUGAUUUCAAGAUUCUGCACAGCGGGACCGUCUUUUUAAUUUCAAACCCAGGGAUCUCUGAUUCAGGAACUUACUGGUGUCGUGUCAAUAACACGGCAGGUUCAGUUGAAUCUGAAAAAUUCACUAUUGAGGUCAGGAAAACCGAAGUAUCUGCCCCGGCUGCAUUCUUCUCCGUAGAAUA